CUCUUCAACCCAAUGUAUUUAUCCUAAUGUCCUUUAAUAUUAUUGUUGACUGUACUUGGCCAUGUCCAGGGGGAACUGAUCAUGCUUGUAUUUUGACCAACUCUUCCAUUCAAUGUCAACAAAAACAUAAUUCACAAUGGAUAUGGAACGAUCCAACCUCAGCACCUCAAUAUGACGGAGAACCAGCUCGACUUCACCAACCGUGUAUUACCGCUCCUGUACCUCAACUUACUCCUUUUUUCAACAAUAACAAUUUGACGACUGUUAAUGCAACUCAAACUGUGGUGACAUGGCCACCUAUGGAUCUAUAUCGACCUGUGGAUGCAUAUCUGAGUGAUUGUGGAUCACAUUAUUUUUGUCAUCAAGGUACAUGUAUCUCCAAACUCAAAUCAGGUCAAUCUUGUGUUUCCAGUCAUCAGUGUUCAUCGGUAUGUAACAACAAUGUAUGUCAAGAUGACGAUCCAUUACCACCAGCAGUAACUACUCCAAGUCCACAACAACAAGACCAACAACAACAACAAGAUAAUACUGAACAUGACGGACCUUGGGCAAAGCCAGACUUUACCACAGGACAUCUUAUAGGUGUGAUUAUUGCUGUGAUUGUUUUGAUAUGUGCUAUUGUAUUGUUCUUUUUAUAUAAAAGGAAAACACGACCGACGACAACGACAACAACCAAACCGAAACCUACCUUACCCAAAACGCUUCAAGAUGUAGAUAAUUCUCUUCCUACACCACCUACUGCUUCACAUCUCUCUACUCCAAGUAUGCAACAACAUCAACUUCAAUUACAAUUACAACGUCAACUUCCUUCCUCACUUUCUUGUCCUUCUCCCUCUAGUAUCCCUCCACCUUAUUCCCCUUAGACUAUCUUCACAAAAUGGAUCUUAGUAUAUCAAUUUAUUCUUCUUUUUUUUUUUAUACCCUUGUAGAUGUCCACCUUAUCAUUAAAAUAAAUAAAUAAAAAAAAAAC